GCUGCUUAAGCUCAUGUAAGUUACUACUUCAUGGCCCUUAACCACUCCUUCCCACUAAAAAUGUUGCUUCGAAAUCGACUAUGCUCUCUCAAUCUCACUUCUUUUCUACCAUCUCCUUCUCCACCUACCCAAUCAGUAUCUUUCAUUUUCUCUUUCAACAAAACCAUUGCUUAUUCAACCCAUAAGCCCCACGGAUCAAAACCCCAAAUUUCAGCUUCGAGGGCCACUAAUCAACCCAUUUCGGACCGAGUUCGGUUCACGAAGACGGUGCUGUUCGUGCCACCCGGGGUCGACCCUGAAGACGUUACCGAUGAAAUGAUAUUGCCCGGUUCGAACAUCGUAGUCGGACCAUACGCGGGUCAUUCUCAGAUUAAGGAAGUGGAGUUCGUUAAGAGUAGCGGGCGGGCUAAGGAUUGUCCCAAAGAUGAUCGACCCGAGUUUGCGAUCUUGGGUAGGUCUAAUGUGGGCAAAUCUUCGCUCAUUAAUGCAUUGGUCAGAAAAAAAGAAGUUGCCCUCACUUCUAAGAAACCGGGGAAGACUCAGCUUAUUAACCAUUUUUUGGUGAAUAAAAGUUGGUAUAUUGUGGAUUUGCCUGGUUAUGGUUUUGCUAAGGCCUCGGAUACUGCUCGAACAGAUUGGUCCUCAUUCACCAAAGGCUAUUUCCUAAACAGAGAGACUCUGGUUGCUGUUCUACUUCUGAUCGAUGCAAGUGUCCCUCCUCAGAAGAUCGAUCUAGACUGCGCCAACUGGCUCGGACGCAACAACAUACCAAUGACAUUUGUGUUCACAAAGUGUGACAAAAUGAAGGCAAGCAAAGGGAAAAGGCCAGAUGAGAACAUUAAGGACUUCCAAGAAGUGAUUAGAGAGAAGUAUAAGCAGCAUCCCCCAUGGAUCAUGACCAGCAGUGUCACUGGUCUUGGCAGAGAUGAGCUUCUCCUACAUUUGUCACAGCUAAGGAACUAUUGGGAUCAAUAGUACUGCUCUGCUUUACUAACUUCAAUAUGCACAAGUAUAUACAAAGCUUACACAACCAAUGAAUCUAGAUGCAUGCAGAUUUUUCUUUCGAAUAAUUGGCUUUAAAUACGCCUUUUGUC